GGCAAAGUUUCCGUUCCCUCUUUUGGGUUUUAAAAGCAGACUCUGACGCCGUUUACAGCCUUUACCAAUUCCAAGAGAACCCUGCAUUGGACUGAAGGCAGACCGGCGACCAACCAGAAUUGCCGCCGUGCCGUGCCGUGCCCUAGCUCCGCCGCUGCCGUCGCCCUUAAACCCAUUUAUACGUAUACAAGGCCGUAUCUAUCGUUUCUAUUCAGUUUGAUGUUUUUUAAUAUGCGUCUAAUCGAACGCGAAACACCUGCCGUCAAAGCUCUCGGCUCCCUCUUCAAGCUCACCGAAGUCUUCCUAUGGGAUGAUGCUUCAAUGGGGACCCGAGAAAGAGUGCCUUUUUGCGAACUCGCUGGCAACCUUGAUGAGACCGAUUCGGAUGUCAUGUUGGUGACAACAGAUUGUAGCCCAUUAGCAGAGGAUGUGGAACUCGUUGAACAAAUGAGUGCAUUAGGGCUUCCUCUUUCCUUCCAAACAAACAAAGAAAGGAGUGGAAUGUCUGGAGGGAAAAGAAAGGGAAUGAAAAAGAAGCAACUACAUGAUCAUGAAGGGAGUGUUGACAGCCCUCUAGAUUUGAUUGAAAUGAGUGAGGUGGAGGCUGAAUCUACCAUUGUUUUGCAUGAUGAAAAGAGUGAAUUACCUUACUGUGGUAUUGCAGUGGACAUCAGUAAAACUCCUUGCCUUACUGGCGAGGAAGAAGAUUUGGCAUAUUUGAGUGCUAGGAGUACUUGUGCUGCUGUUGAGGAACAAUUAUGUGAUGGAGUAUCUGGUAUUAUGUCGAAUUACAGCUUGAAUUGUGUCUCUGAGCACAGCAGUGUUAUUUUGAGGGAUGACAUGAAAACUGCUAGUCCUUGUAAUUCAGCUGCUGAAACUUCCCCAGGAAUCAUUAUUGUGAAUGAUGAUAUUCACCAUCAUAAGAAAGAACAUGAUGGUGGAUCAACGGAGUUUGCCUGUGUAGAAGGUUCCUUAUUGGUUGAUGGUGAUUCAGGAGGUAAGAAGUUCUUCAGUGAUAGCUUCAUAGGGCAGCCACAGGGCCCUGAUGUCGUUGCUUAUUCACAGUCUUCCGAAGUGAUUGACCAUGAUGGAAAUGAUAAUCAAUACAAUGGUACUUUCGGAGACUGGACGUCCUUUUGGGACUCUUUCUACAUGAGAUACUACUUCUAUAACAUCAAAACUCAAGAGUCUACGUGGGACCCUCCUCUGGGCAUGGAAAACCUAGUAUAUCACGAAGUUGAUAAGAAAUCCGGAGAAAUGAUUGGUGAGAUUGCUGAAAUGAAUUUUCACCCUGCAGUUUCUUUGCAUCAUGUUAAACCACUAGAUUAUUGUGGUUUGCAGUGUGACUCCGAUUCACUUGGGGAGUCAAAGAACGGUGACAAAUCAGUGGACCAGCCACCAUGUGAGGCCUCAGAGGGGUUUGAGCUUGCUGCUGACAAUUUUCUGAUGACAACGCCUGCUCUAAAUGCUGGUUCUGAACAGUUAAAUAAAGCCCGGAGGAUCAAUAGGAGGGGCAGUAAAGAUUUGCAGCAAACAUAUGUAUAUAGCUCUGAAGAACCAGAUUGCUGUGAAGGACUGGGUAACUCAGAGAAUAUUACCUGUUGUGAGGGAAUCCAGUUAAAGUGUCACGAUGAGGAUGCCUUCCAACCAUCAGAUGCUACCAGCUUUAGCGAUGCUCUCAUUAGAGCUUUAUCAGAGGGCAAUUGCGAUGGUUGCAUUCUUCUAAAAACAAUGGAUCCUGCUACAGAUAAGUUUGAAACAGACCACAGUUUUGGCAUUAGAAAGAUGGGGAAGAAAGCGAAGAAGAGAACUCGGCUGAACAGGAAUUUAUCCUGUGAUACCGGAGAGCUUCCAUUCCAAGGCAUUUUCAAGGAAUUCUCUCCCCUUAUUAGCAAAUAUUGGUGUCAAAGAUAUCUACUCUUCUCCAGAUUUGAUGAGGGAAUAAAAAUGGAUGAAGAAGGGUGGUUUUCUGUAACCCCAGAAUCUAUAGCCAAGCAUCAUGCACUUCGUUGUGGCGCUGGUAUCAUUGUUGAUUGCUUUACUGGGGUUGGUGGGAAUGCCAUCCAAUUUGCACGGAGGAGCAAGCAUGUUAUUGCAAUUGAUAUUGAUCCGAACAAGAUUGACUACGCACAGCACAAUGCGACCAUCUAUGGAGUCGAAGAUCGUAUAGAUUUCAUUAGAGGGGACUCUUUCCUCUUGGCACCAAAGUUGAAGGCAGACACAGUCUUCUUGUCACCUCCCUGGGGAGGCCCUGAUUAUGUUAAAGUAACAACAUAUGACAUCAAUACAAUGCUCAAGCCACAUGAUGGGCAUAAGCUCUUCGAUGUUGCUAGGGAAAUUGCUUCCAAAGUUGUAAUGUUCCUUCCAAGAAAUGUUGAUCUCAACCAACUGGCGGAGUUAUCUUUAUCUGCCAAUCCUCCUUGGUUGUUAGAGGUAGAGAAGAACUACUUAAAUGGGAGGUUGAAGGCCGUAACUGCUUACUUCACCGAUACAUCAGUUUAGAAGACAGAUACGAUACAUGCGGACCAGAUCAAGGUCAAGAUAGUUUUGGAUACUGAGACAAUCUAUUUAUGUAAAGUGGUGACCGGUUUUUACCGCUGUGGCGUCUCUCUUGUACAGUUUUGUAAGUAUUACCUUCUGUCAUUAUGUAUAUGUAUGAUUUGGAAUAACAGUGGGUAGUAACCCUCGGCAUAGUUGUCUUGUGAAUUCCCCAUAAGAUGUGUUUGGAAGUUUUAGAAGUUAAGACAGGUGACCCAACAUUUAUAGUUGUCUCAGACUCUCAGUUGACUCAACGUUCCAUCGUUUUCAUUUGUA